AUGUCUAACCAUGGCGCCGACACGUCGAGGCCGGCUCAUCCGCUGCGACCUCGACAUCGGAUGAGCCGUUCUGUGACCGAGACCUCAGCGCCGAGGCUGCACCGUCACCACAACCUACUGCCCCAACGCCGACACCAGGAUCGCACCGCUGACCGACUGCCUCAAUCUGCCGUCCCAGCACUGCAAUUACCGAUGCGAGGCUCUCUCGAUCUCCCGCGCUCCGAAGGGGUAACCCCCUACCUGGUCAGCAGCGCCGAACAGAGCCGUCGGGCGAGUGCGCUCCCCCCUGGCGCCGAGGAGAUCGGUGCGAACGCCCCAGAUGCCGCGCACAUGAACACAGAGAUGCAGGCCCAGAGGAGAAGGGAAAAGGCUGCUUCGAGGACUGCUGGUCUCAAGAAAUCGCUUACGGGCUUGAGCGAGUUCUCGCUGUCGACGACAAGACGGUUAGACGACGCAUAUUACGCCGUUCUCGAGAGGCUCAGCAUGCUACAGAACACGAUCGUGGGCAUCAAGGAGGUGGCAGCCAUGUCACAAGAGACGAACGAAAUCUUCAAGGUCGAUUCCCGCGGUCUAGUCACUGAGAUCGAAACACAGCUGGAUGGCCUCGGCCAGUUUGACGAGCAACAGAAGCGUAUUGAGUCGCUACAAGAAAGGAUCCAUGUCGGGCGACAGAAGGCACAAAAACUCAGCGACCGAGUCGACAUCGUCCGGGGCCGUGUCGAAGGCUGGGAAAGAGCAGACAGGGAGUGGCAGGAGAAGACCCGCAGGCGGCUCAAGACGCUCUGGAUCAUUACCUCCGUCCUGGCCCUGGUCGUCAUCGCGAUUCUCCUGGGUUCUCAGUACGCACCAGACGAAGUCGGGACCUUGGGGGGCAAGCUCAGCGAGAUGAUGUCGAGCAACAACAGCAGCCAACUCGAGGAAGCUGGGGCUGCGAACAGCAGCAGACUGUCCGAGCACCUGGGCGAGGACGUCCGGGCGGCCCUGAACCGGACGAGAGGCGAUGGCCCCUCUGUCGACGAGCAGGUACUGCGUGCCUUUGACGAGUUAUGA